CGAAGAUAUAUAGAUACGCGCCCAUCGGCCGCUCCAAGGACGACCUUCUUCUUUUCUUCCCUCCAUGCAUUGAUUGUCUGGACUUUCACUGCGUCUCUAUUUUCAUUCAUUCUAUACUCCGCGUUUCUAAAAUUGGCUGGUCCAAUUGCCCUGUCCCAUUGCAUCAUACUGCGAUUCUUGCCAACAUCAACAUCUGCUAAUACCUCAACGUCGUUCAAUCUCCUUUAUCGAUAAUAUCAAAGCUCCGGAAGCCACCUUGAGUCUGUUGUCUGAGAAAUCGCAGACUCCACAGCAAAUCAUAUCUGACAAGACCAUCAAAAAAAGUUACCACAACAGUCAACAUGCUUGCCUCAAGAGUUGCAAAGCCCAAGUUGUCCUUGAACAUCUCAACGUCGACUCCUCAACCCGGAAGACCUUCACUGUCUCUCAAGUCACCUCUGACACCCUUGAGGUCGCCAGUCUCUCCUUCACCCAUCAGCCCGACGGCACGUAACACCAGGUUGAACCAGAGAGGAUACUCCACUCUGCAACAACCGUCCUACGCAUAUGUCAACUCGAGUUCGUCGAGGAGCAUUCUGAAGAAGAGCAGCAAACCAUCCGCGGCAGCAAGAAGACAGUUGUCCUUUUCGGAAACACCAGUCGUGCACUGCAUCACCCCGAUCGAGGACGACGAGUACUAUGGCCAAUACCGCAAGAUGUCCAAGGAAGAGCGGAGGUGGUCACGCAAAUGAGAAAAAUCGACGAGCCUUUUGUGGAAUACUUUUGUUUUGAUACCAUGACAUGAUGUCCCUAGCAGCGUACUGGCUGUCGGAUAAUGAUGAACUUUGACGAUAUACGAAUUGAGCCAAUCCGCCACUCUCUUCCCGCCAGGGACUGGGGGUGACGCAGAGAUACUAGAUAGAUUCAGGUAGACAUUCUUGUCGACCUGGCACCUUAGAAUAGGCAAUGCACAUCGCUCCC